CUCUCAUACCAACUAGUAAGUGCUCUCAUUACCAGCUUCUACUACGUACAGAGAGAAAAUGGCCAAAGCUCCGGAGCAUGAACACCCCAAGAAGGCCUUUGGAUGGGCUGCCAGAGAUUCAUCUGGCCUUCUAUCUCCCUUCAGUUUCUCAAGAAGGGAAACGGGAGAGAAGGACGUCACAUUCAAAGUAUUGUACUGCGGGAUUUGUCAUUCGGAUCUUUCAUUGGUCAAGAAUGAAUGGGAGUCUAAUCAAUGGGCUUCCGCAUAUCCUAUGGUUCCCGGGCAUGAGAUUGUUGGUGAAGUGACAGAGGUAGGGAGCAAAGUGCAAAAAUUCAACGUUGGAGACAGAGUUGGUGUUGGAUGCAUGGUGGGAUCUUGUCAAUCUUGUGAUAGUUGUGCCAACGCCCUUGAGAAUUACUGCUCUAAAUGGAUACCCACAUACGGUGCCAUGUACCACGACGGAACCACUACUUACGGAGGUUACAGUGACAUCAUGGUGGUCGAUGAGCACUUUGUAGUUCGUAUUCCUGACAACCUGCCUAUGGAUGGUGCUGCGCCGCUUCUAUGUGCCGGGAUUACAACUUACAGUCCCUUGAGAUAUUUCGGACUUGACAAACCCGGAAUGCAUGUGGGCGUUGUUGGCCUUGGUGGUCUAGGUCACGUUGCUGUGAAGUUUGCGAAGGCUAUGGGAGUCAAGGUUACGGUGAUCAGUACGUCCACUAACAAGAAGGAGGAAGCUCUUGAGCACCUUGGUGCCGAUUCAUUUUUGGUCACUCGUGACCAAGAUCAAAUGCAGGCCGCCAUGGGUACAAUGGACGGUAUCAUUGACACUGUCUCUGCAAACCACCCUCUCCUGCCAUUCAUUGGUUUGUUGAAAUCUCAGGGAAAGCUCAUAAUGGUCGGUGCACCAGACAAGCCUGCUGAGCUUCCAGUUUUUCCUUUGCUCAUGGGUAUGCAACCAUAUGUGAAGUUGGUCGCUGGUUCUUGCAACGGGAGCAUGAAGGAGACACAACAGAUGAUUGAUUUUGCGGCCAAACACAACAUAACUGCCGAUAUUGAGGUCAUCCCGAUUGAUUAUUUGAACACUGCCAUGGAACGCCUUGCAAAAGCUGACGUCAGAUAUCGAUUUGUCAUCGACAUCGGCAACACAUUGAAGUCGUCUUAAAUUUUGCACCCCAAACUGCAUCAACGUGGGGAUGGGAGUUGCAAAUUGAGCUUGAUUGAUUCUUCUAUCAUUAGUAACAGAGCUUGUACUGCGAAGCAAAAUUUUUAAUUUAUGGAUGCCUAUCUUUUUUUUUCUUUUACAAUCAUACAAUGUUUAUUGUUUUCUUUGUAGUUUUAGUUAUAAAUCAACACACUGCGGUCUCCACCAUUAUGUAUUCUAGUGAAGGAUUUUGGCUUUAAAUGCAUCAUUGUUUUCCCGGUUCUUUACAUCAUA